GCUCGGGGAACAUGGCGGCGACGGAGCCGGCGGUCCAAGCGCUGGCGGGCGGGGGCGCCGGGGCUCCGUCGGGCACCGUCCCGGUGCUCUUCUGCUUCUCGGUCUUCGCGCGGCCCUCGGCGGUGCCGCACGGCGCGGGCUACGAGCUGCUCAUUCAGAAGUUCCUCAGCCUGUACGGCGACCAGAUCGACAUGCACCGCAAAUUCGUGGUGCAGCUCUUCGCGGAGGAGUGGGGCCAGUACGUGGACCUGCCCAAGGGCUUCGCGGUGAGCGAGCGCUGCAAGGUGCGCCUCGUGCCGCUGCAGAUCCAGCUCACUACCCUGGGAAAUCUCACACCUUCAAGCACUGUGUUUUUUUGCUGUGACAUGCAGGAAAGGUUCAGACCAGCCAUCAAGUAUUUUGGGGAUAUUAUCAGCGUAGGACAAAGGCUGUUGCAAGGGGCCCGGAUUUUAGGAAUUCCAGUUAUUGUAACAGAACAGUAUCCUAAAGGUCUUGGAAGCACUGUUCAAGAAAUUGACUUAACGGGUGUAAAACUGGUUCUUCCAAAGACCAAGUUUUCAAUGGUACUACCAGAAGUGGAAACAGCAUUAGCAGAGAUUCCUGGAGUCAGAAGUGUCGUAUUAUUUGGAGUAGAAACUCAUGUGUGCAUCCAACAAACUGCUUUAGAGCUGAUUGGCCGAGGAAUAGAGGUUCAUAUUGUUGCUGAUGCCACCUCAUCAAGAAGCAUGAUGGACAGGAUGUUUGCUCUUGAGCGUCUUGCUCGAACUGGGAUCAUAGUGACCACGAGUGAAGCUGUUCUGCUACAGCUGGUGGCUGAUAAAGACCAUCCAAAAUUCAAGGAAAUCCAGAAUCUCAUUAAGGCCAGUGCUCCAGAGUCAGGUCUGCUUUCCAAAGUAUAGGACAUUGGAAAGACUGGUAUCCUCCUCACCAUCAGGUGACAGGACUGUAAGCUCAGACAAGCUCAUGUCUCUACUAGAAUUAAAAUGUUAAGUCAAAAAUGGCUCCUUUUUUGCGGCUCUUAGUAACAUUUAACAGCUAGAUCAUUUGGGUACCAGCAUUUAGUUACCGAUGUCAGAAGCUUCAGGUGCUGCUUACCUUCUUUUUUCUUAAUGGGCUUUUAUUUAUUAAAACAUUACAAUGGAGGUGCCUGUUUUGUCUAUACUGUAUACAUGAUUAUACCUUUCGAAAGUGCACAUUUGGUGAAGUUUUCUGAAAUUGUGCACUUCAAAGAAAAAAUAUGUACCAAUAAUGAUUUGCCUUUUAUAUUAUUGUAAGAUAUAUGUUAUAAUGUUAAUGUAGAUUCAGUGGUUGUACUUUACAGGUUGAUUGAAAUAGAAUUAUUAUACAUGGGUUUACAAACAGGAUUCUAGAUCAUGUACCCGCUUGUCUCACAGUGUUUUGGAGUAUUUACUGAGUGAGUUGCAUUGAUCUAUCCAGACUGAAUUAUGUUAAAUGAUUACAUACCUUUCUUGAUUGUAGUGAUUUUCUUACUCUUGUCACCAUUACUAAUUCUCUGUUAUUUUUUUUUCCUGCCUGAUUCUUACCAUGAAAGACCCAUUAAUUUUGUAGAAAGAUGGAAUGAUGUGUAAUGCUAUGUGACUGGCAGAGGGCUGUUUUAACAUGUUUGAUGUAGGACUACAGCUGAAUGAAUGUCUUUACAACAAUCUGGAGUACAUAGCAUAGUUUGCAGAGAAAUACAGUCUGGUAAAAUGUAGUUUUUAAAUGUUCAUACUCUGUUUUAUAUUUUCUCCGCUGACCCUCCAAAUGUUAAUGCAGCCGGCAUCAGUAAUGAUUUGGUAGUACUAACUUUGUG